AUGACUUCCGUUGGAACUCUUCUGUACUUCCUUUUCAAUAUCGGCCAUUCUGUGACGCCAUGGCCCCAAAGAGAGCAAAUGUGGUGCCCAAUGGGCACUUCCACAAGGAUUGGCAACGUAUGGUGACAACAUGGUUCAACCAGCCCAUGAGAAAGAAGAGAAGGCAUCAGACUCGUGUCAAGAAAGCCCACAGAAUUGCUCCACGUCCAGUUGCAGGAAGUCUGCGACCCAUUGUCCGAUGCCCAACAUUUAAGUACAACACAAAGCUGCGAGUUGGAAAAGGAUUCACCCUUGAUGAACUCAAGCAAGCUGGUAUCAACAAAAGACUGGCACUGACCAUUGGUAUUGCUGUGGACUACAGGAGGAGGAACAAAUCUGUCGAAUCACUCCAACAGAAUGUCCAGAGACUGAAGGAAUACAGGAGCAAACUCAUUCUCUUCCCCAAGAAGCAGAGCAAGCCCAAGAAGGGUGAUGCUACAGCUGAAGAAAUCAAGAUGGCCAAACAGUUGUCAAGCGCUAUCAUUAUGCCUGUGAGACAGGUUGCCAAGACCGAGAAAGCAAGGGCUAUCACGCCAGAGGAGAAGAAAUACAGUGUUUUUACUGCCCUACGACAGGCCCGAGCUAAUAAGAAGUUGAAGGGCUUCAGAGAAAAGAAGGCUAGACAAAAGGCAGAAGAGGAGGCCAAUAAACCUAAGAAAUAGACUAAAUUAUUGGUAUUCUGUGAUGGGUCAGCCAUUAAAAGCCUGUAUAAGUAA